AAAUGUGAGGACGAGAACGGAUCGUUCUUUUUGACUUAUGGAGACUCAACGCAGCGAACCUAUUUGUAUUCCGAGUGAACCAUGCUCGCCUAUCGAGGAAUGGCAGGAUCUGGAGCAAUUCUGGGGAGAAGCGAAACAACGUCUCCAGGAUCCUGAGAGCCUGCCCCUAUCAAGUAGCCUGGAGGAGCAUCUCCUACAUGAUGAUUACAUUCCGACAGUGAAAGAAGAAAGCCUAGCAAAGAAUUCUUGCAAUAAAUGGGCAGUCAGAGGCGAAGACAUCGGAGACAUCCCAACAUGCUACGAUUCGAAAGGAUUUAAACCAGGAGAACUGGUCGUUAAAGGUACUUAUGUGGAUCCGAAGAUUAUUCCAGGGUUCAGGUACAAAGUACGGAAGAAUUUAAAUGAUGAAUACCUCUUCGGCGGUAAAUCUCUGAGGCUAGAAAGUAUUGGCCUGGGUUACGGCAAAAGAAUGACAUUUGAAAGUUACACUCUGAACGAGAAUGACAACUUCUUCUGGUCAGACAGUUACGGCCCCGGAUAUGGUCUGCAACUCCAAGCAGUUGACCCCGAUGAAAACUUCCACAUAAUGGACACCAGUUUAGGCAAGAAGAUCGGCAGAGCCAUCGUCUGCAAGUCGGAGAGCAACGAGAUCAGCAGUGCUGUGAGCGAAGAUGGUCAGAUUCAAAAAGAAUGCCGAGUCUAUAUCAUUUGCGAUGUAAUCUUAAAUGACUCUUCAAAUAUGCAGAACAUUUAUAUAGAAGAUGUAGCAACGCAGGGCGUUGCCCAGAUCCUGCGAAAUGCAAAUUCCUCAAAAGCAGAGUUGCAGAAAAUAAUUCUCGAUAACUUUAUCCUCGAAGGCUGUCAACUACUGCCUGAAUGAAUAGAUACCAAUAAAAAUAUUUUACGUAGACGCACAGUGAGAAAUCAACUGGCUAUAAAUGCCAAAUUUUUGUUCAAUUUUAGACAAAUAAAACAAUGUUUCGUUACAUUUAAUUAUA